AACAAUUAUAUGUCUGUUAUUCGAACCGGUUUCAGUGCAACCUUCAAGUUGUCGCAUCGCUCGUUUAAACCAUCCGACAAUCGUGUUUUAGUUUGCCAAACAUGGCGUCGCCGGUAGUUGCUAUUUCGGAGGGACAAGUCAGAGGGUGCGUUGGGACUGAUUUUGACGGGGGUCAGUUUUAUUCCUUUCUCGGAAUCCCCUACGCUAAACCCCCAGUCGGAGAGCUCAGAUUCAAGGCUCCCCAACCUGUUGAACCAUGGAGUGGCAUAAAAGAAACUGUGAAAGUUGGAGACGCGUGUAUACAAAGGGAAAUGUUGUUUACUGCUGCAAUUCAAGGAUCUGAGGAUUGUCUGCAUCUCAAUGUUUUCACGAGGACGCUUCCGCAAGAGGACUCCACAUUGAAACCAGUCAUGGUGUGGAUCCACGGUGGAGCCUUCACUCAGGGAUCGAACGACACCAAAAUGUACGGCCCUGAAUACAUCAUGACCGAAGACGUUGUUCUAGUGUCCAUCAACUAUCGCGUGGGAUAUUUGGGAUUCCUGAGGCUUCAAGACCCCUCGCUGGAAGUGCCCGGAAACGCUGGACUGAAGGAUCAAGUGUUGGCUCUCAAGUGGGUGCAGAGGAACAUAAAACAAUUCAACGGGGACCCCAACAACGUCACGAUUUUUGGUGAAAGCGCUGGGGGCGCCUCUGUCCACUACCAAAUCUUAUCACCGGCCUCGAAGGGUCUUUUCCACAAGGCUAUUUCACAGAGCGGUUCGGUUUUGAACCCUUGGGCCUGGACGGAUCCUAACAUAUUCGAAUUUUUGGAUUUUAUGGAGAAAGGCGUAAAAAACGAGAAGACUGCUUUGGAAGUUCUGACUAACCUGCCUGUCAACGAGUUGUUCGAUUACCAAGACAGAUUUUUCCAGAUUCAACCCCCGCUCAGGGUCGUAGGUCCUGUAAUAGAAAAACCAAAUCCGACUGCGUUCCUCACCAAAGAUCCCAUGGAAGUCAUGAUCUCCGGAGAAUACAACAAAGUACCGAUGAUUUGGGGCUACACUUCCAACGAAGGAAUGCUUUUCGUGCUCCUUCAAAAACUGGCCAAAGAAGGAAAGGCUAAAAAGAUGGACGAGAAACCCAACUUGGAAGAUUUCGUGCCACCAGACAUGAAAUUGGAAAGAGGUUGUUCUACAAGCCAGGAGAUAUGUAAGAAGAUUGCUGAUUUUUACUUCCAAGGAGAAAACGCCAAGAACCAGUUGUUGUUGGCAAGCGAUUACUAUUUCAUAACUGGCAUAAUAACUUCCGUUAUUAAUCUUGCAAAGACUUGUCACUAUCCAAUUUUCUUGUACCGGAUGACUUGUGAAACAAAUCUGAACCUAGUGAAGACACUGUUCAAAUUGCAGGAUAUACCAGGUGUUAGUCAUGGUGAUGAUGUCGGUUAUCUAUUCAAACACAGUUUCUGUCCUGACGUGGAAAUCGGAGAGGUCGAAAUCGUUUGUCUGCGGAGGUUCCUGAAAUUAUGGACGAAUUUUGCCAAGUAUGGAAAUCCGACUCCGGAGAAAAACGAUUUGAAUAUUCAGUGGAAACCUGUGGAUGGAGAACACGUGAAUAUCUUGGAUAUCGGAAAAGAACUCGUCAUGGAAACUAAUCCCGAAGAUGAUAGAGUGCGUCUGUGGAAGGAGAUUUACCAGCUGAGUCCUGCUACUGCAAGUUAUUUGUGAAGAUAUUACUUUUGUUUUUAUUGUUCUGUGAUUGACCAAAUUAUUAUAUAUUAGACUUUUCUCACGGUUCAUAUACUGAUAGUCCAGGCUCAAUUCAGGUUACAUCUAUUUGUAAUAAAAAAUCGGUCUUAUUUGUUAUAAAAAUCGUAAAAUUAUACUUCAAAAAUCA